UCCCAUUAUGAGUGAAAAUGAGCAACAAGUAGAGCAGUGUGCAAGACCAACCCCAACUUACCAAUCACCUUAUCUACUCCUCUCUCUCUCUCUCUCUCUCUCUCUCUCUCUCUCAUUCUUCGGUCUUUUACACAAAAACAGGCUGAUGUUACUUUGUAGUGUGGAUACUAACUAGUACUGAAAAAAGUUUAAAGUCCAAUGGCAGCCAUUCUCUGCUGCCACCACUCUGCUUCUCCAGCUACCUCCUCCAAAUUCAUCAGUCCCAGCAUACCUACAAACCGUACUCGCUUCUCAAUUUCCCAUAAACAAUUUGGAACCCGCAGUUCUUCCCCACUUCCUAUUAAAUGCCAGAUCCAGAACAGACAGAAAGGGAAGUCAUUUUCCAUAAAGGAGUGUGCGAUAUCUAUAGCUUUGGCCGUUGGAUUAGUAACAGGAGUUCCUGCAUUGGAAUGGUCUAGCAAUGCCUAUGCGGCUAACCCAGUGUUGCCUGAUCUUUCUGUACUGAUCUCUGGACCCCCAAUAAAGGACCCGGGGGCUUUGUUGAGAUAUGCUCUGCCUAUCAAUAAUAAAGCUAUCAGGGAAGUACAAAAACCACUUGAAGAUAUUACAGAGAGUCUGAAGGUAGCCGGAGUCAAAGCACUCGAUUCUGUUGAGAGGAAUUUGAGGCAGGCAUCUCGAGCGCUGAAGCAGGGAAAGACUUUAAUUGUAUCUGGAUUAGCUGAAUCGAAGAAGGGCCAUGGAGUUGAAUUGCUCGGAAAGCUGGAAGCUGGAAUGGAUGAACUCCAACAGAUUGUGGAGGAUAGAAAUAGAGACGGAGUAGCAGAAAAACAGAAGGAGCUACUUCAAUAUGUUGGGGGUGUUGAAGAGGAUAUGGUGGAUGGAUUCCCGUAUGAAGUGCCUGAAGAAUACCAAAGCAUGCCUCUAUUGAAGGGGAGAGCAACUGUGGAUAUGAAGGUCAAGGUUAAGGAUAAUCCUAGCCUUACUGAUUGUGUCUUCCGUAUUGUUCUUGAUGGUUACAAUGCUCCAGUAACUGCUGGGAACUUUGUAGACUUGGUGGAAAGACACUUUUAUGAUGGCAUGGAAAUCCAAAGAGCGGAUGGUUUUGUUGUACAAACUGGUGAUCCUGAAGGACCAGCAGAGGGUUUCAUAGAUCCAAGUACAGAGAAAACCAGGACAAUACCAUUAGAAAUCACGGUGGAGGGAGAGAAAUUACCUUUUUAUGGAUCAACUUUGGAAGAGCUUGGACUAUACAAGGCUCAAACAAAGCUGCCCUUUAAUGCAUUUGGAACAAUGGCUAUGGCCAGAGAUGAAUUUGAGAACAAUUCUGCAUCCAGCCAGAUUUUUUGGCUACUGAAGGAAAGUGAACUAACUCCCAGUAAUUCCAAUAUAUUAGAUGGUCGUUAUGCAGUGUUUGGAUAUGUAACACAAAAUGAGGACUUUUUGGCAGAUCUCAAGGUUGGUGAUGUGAUAGAGUCAAUCCAAGUAGUCUCUGGGCUCGAAAAUCUAGCCAAUCCAAGCUACAAGAUUGCUGGCUAGAGAGACCAUUAUCCCAUAUAAGGGUUUAUUAGCCAAUUUGAGCAAAUUUAUUUGAGGCACCACGUUUAAGUAUGUAAUUUAAUUCCAGGAUUCGGCUACCACCAUAUCAUUUUGAGAGAAUUGUAGCAUUUGGUUGGAGAUUGUGUUCUUUUUAAGACUAUCACUGAAGUCAAGUUCAGAUUGAUUCAUAUUAUAAACACGACAUUGUUGCA